UGUUGCAAUACUGUCCUACGAACGAAACGAAAGUGCUUGUGAUGAGCAAAGACGAAUAAAAAGUGUCGAUAGGUCAAUAUUCUGCAGAAAUUAGCCAGAAUCUUCAGGUAUCUACAAAAUAUAUUAAAUAACCACCCUCGCAUGUGAGGGUACUAUGUGGUGGUGCUGUUCUUCUUCCGCUAGUUCAGGACCGAUGGCUGCGAUACGCAAAAAAUUAGUGAUUGUUGGUGAUGGUGCAUGCGGUAAAACAUGCCUGUUAAUUGUAUUUAGCAAAGAUCAGUUCCCGGAAGUGUAUGUGCCGACAGUGUUCGAAAACUACGUUGCCGACAUCGAGGUUGACGGCAAACAGGUGGAAUUAGCCUUAUGGGAUACAGCCGGUCAGGAAGAUUACGAUCGACUGAGGCCACUCUCGUACCCCGACACCGAUGUGAUCCUCAUGUGCUUCUCGGUGGACUCGCCGGACUCGCUCGAGAACAUCCCGGAGAAGUGGACACCCGAGGUGAAACACUUCUGCCCUAAUGUGCCUAUAAUCCUGGUGGGUAACAAGAAGGAUCUGCGUAACGACCCGGCCACUAUCAACGAGCUGCGCAAGAUGAAGCAGGAGCCUGUGAAGCCUCAGGAAGGUCGUGCUAUGGCUGAGAAGAUCAAUGCCUUCGCAUACCUCGAGUGCUCUGCUAAAAGCAAGGAGGGUGUGCGCGAAGUGUUCGAGACGGCCACCCGUGCCGCGUUACAAGUCAAGAAGAAGAAGAAGACUAGGUGUUCUCUGCUGUAAUUGUGCUGUUGUCGGAAGAACUCUGAUUUAUGAAUGGUUCGCAUACUGCCUGAUAACUUACGUUUGAUACGACUCGAACUCUGCAGCAGUCGCGACGUCGGCCACACAGUGCUUCCUUCCGAUACUGAAAGCUGACGCGAUGUCGCGGCCCGCGUAGCACGCACACCCACUCAGUAUUCGUGUGGCUAUACUUUCACAAUUGGUACUUGUAUAUUUUAUAGAAUAUCUAUAAAGAGUAAGCGUAAUUAAUUGCCUUAACAAAUGUAGUCGGGGCGAACAUGGUUCCUCGUCUUGUUGGAUCCACUGGAAUUUUUCAUGCUAUACUGUCCUGUUAUAUAAUCAAGUAGCAUUUCUUCAACAUAGAUUCCUGGACCGUUGUCGUCUCAGCGAGACUUUAUUUGUUUAGUUUGGUAUUUUGUAUUUUAAUUUUUUUCAAUAAAAUAGUUAUGUAUAAAUUA